AUGGCUCUCGUAUUAAGGAAAGCGGUUAUGCCGAAGAAUGUAUCCCUCCUGAAAUGCAUUAAAGGCCGACCCUUGGCAACAGCUUCAAAUAAGAAAAAUGCUGCCCCAUUGUUGGCGCUGAGAGGAGCGGCGUUCGGCUCGCGGUUAGCGCUCUGCUGUGGUGACAAUAAACUGCAAGUGCGCUGCUUCGCUGACAAAGCCCCAAAAAAAGAAACGACAUGUGGCUGCCCCUGUGGCCCCUGUGGCCCCUGUGGACCUUGCGGCCCAUGCGGGCCCUGCGGCCCGUGCGGCCCGUGUGGCCCCUGCGGACCCUGUCGGUGUCCUUGUCCCUGCGGACCCUGUGGACCGUGUGGACCUUGUGGGCCUUGUGGGCCCUGUGGUCCUUGUGGACCCUGCGGACCUUGCGGGCCAUGCGGACCUUGUGGCCCCUGUGGACCGUGUCGCUGCCCCUGUCCUUGCGGACCCUGUGGGCCCUGCGGGCCGUGUGGGCCCUGUGGACCAUGUCCAUGUCCAUGCCCACCAAAAUGUCCGCCACCUAAAAAAUGCGAGGGUGGCGUGUGUCCCAUGUGCGGCAGUCAACCUCUGGCAGCAGCACAAGCAAUAGCUGCAGCGGGAGCGGCGCCGCCGACACGAGAAGGAAAAAUACACGAACCGUUUAUGAAGUUGGAAAUCAAAGAAAAGAGUCCACGACCAUCUAAUACAAUAAAAAUGCAACCCUAA